UCCCCGCUGCGGGUAAGGCGAUUUUAGUCUCGUUUCGCUGGACGGUGGAGCUGAUGGCUACGGGCCACCUCUGUAUAGGGGUGUGUAAACUUGAAGAACUCAGGCUUUUUCAGUUAAAACCUUCACUUGUAUCGCAGCGCAGCAAACAUGCCUGAACAGAGCAAUGAUUACAGGGUGGUUGUGUUUGGAGCAGCAGGGGUUGGCAAAAGCUCCUUGGUCCUUCGUUUUGUAAGGGGAACUUUCAGGGAAACCUAUAUCCCCACAAUCGAAGAUACGUACCGGCAGGUAAUCAGCUGUGAUAAGAGCAUCUGCACCCUUCAGAUUACAGACACCACGGGAAGCCAUCAGUUCCCUGCUAUGCAGAGGCUGUCUAUAUCCAAAGGGCAUGCUUUCAUCUUGGUGUACUCUGUCACCAGCAGGCAGUCCAUGGAAGAUCUUCAGCCCAUCUUUGAACAGAUCUGUCAGAUUAAAGGGGACAUCCAAAAAAUCCCAAUCAUGUUGGUGGGUAACAAAAGCGACGAGACCCAGAGGGAGCUGGAUGCCAGCGAGGGGCAAGCGUUAGCCAGCAAGUGGAAGUGCUCCUUUAUGGAGACAUCAGCCAAAAUGAACUACAACGUGCAGGAGCUCUUCCAGGAGCUCUUGAAUCUGGAGAAGAGGAGAACUGUCAGUCUCCAGGUGGACGGAAAGAAAUCCAAGCAGCAGAAAAAGAAAGAUAAACUGCAAGGCAAGUGCUCUGUUAUGUGAUUGACUUUGGCUGGACUCGCACCACUGCAUGGUGUAAUCGGAACGUGGACUCCCGCAGAAAAUACCUUUCUGCUGGAGGUUUCAGACGAAUCCAUGCCUUCUAGGGCUAUUGCUUUUCUCUAAAGUCUCCGCUGGAUUAUUUUAUGUGUUGGUGUUAAAGAGGAUGGCUUUCUGCAUGUUUAUUUUUUUUAAAACAAUAAAUGUUCAAUGUUAGCAAUUACAUGUGACUAGAAGUUUUUAAUGCAAGAAGUUGAGAGAAAAAUGUCAGUCAGAAACAAACGUCUCUCUUCCUGUGAGUACAUGCUAGGUUUUAAGUAUUUCCAGCCUAUUAGCUUGAAAGAAAUCAUAGUAUCUAUAAUGUGUAUCCUUCAAAAAUUGUUUCCAGGAAUCUAUUGACCAGAGCAAAUCUUUAACAAAGCUAGGCAUUUGCCCUGCAAAUGAGCGUAGAUGUGGCUCCAGAUGCUUACAUUUUUGGCAGACAGACUGGCUUGCCUACCAAAGACGCAGUUUUUCCAUGGUAGAAGUUAAGUUUUCCUGU